AUGUACGAAGGGAUUGACAACCUGAAAUCCCUUAACGACCGUGCCGGGAAGACUUUCUCCGGCGGUCCUUCUGCAACACAGGAUGUGCCGCGUCGUACUGCUCAACCAGACCCAGUACGUCGAUCAUCAGUUGGGAGCGGGGCUCCCAAGUAUCUCAAGACGGGGGAUAGCCCGGCCACCAGACGAGAUAACUCGUCCGACGUCCGUUCACGUCGCGGUGGUUCAACAGCUGCUCAACUAGAUAGCGAUGGCCACGGCGAGAGUCCUCUAAUGGAGGUGGAGGAGGAGGAAAGACGCUCUCCACACGAUCGUGGGGAUCCAUGUGUUCCCGAGAGCUUCUUUGAUCGCGUAACGCAAGGGUUACGCAACGAUCUCGAACAUGAGCGGGACAGGCGUCUCCAGAUGGCGGACACUGUCUCGAAGCAUCGAGCUGAGUUUGCCUUUGCUCAGCUUGAGAACGAGAGAUCUCUGACAUCUCUUCGUGACGAGCUAAGGGUAGCUCGUGGGAUUGUUGAUCGGUCUCGGGAUGAGAUAGCUGCUCUCCAGACCCUUGUUGAUGCCCACCAUCGGGAGCACAAGGCUCUCUGCGAGAUGCUUGAGCGCAAGGGCGUUCUUCAUCGGAAGAAGCAGCGUACUGAUGGCACGGCUUAA